AUGUCUGAAUUCUAUGAGAAGGACGUUGCUCUGCAACAGGAGACAUUGCACGAUGUUGAAUCCAAGCAUACACCACACGAGGACUCGAGCCACCACACAAGUCUUACGGAGGAAGAGAAAGCGAUCGAAAAACAGCUGGUAAAGAAGAUCGAUCUUUUGGUAAUGCCCCUGGUACUGGUGGUGUACUUGCUCAACUAUAUCGACCGUAACAACUACGCUGCGGCGGCCAUUCAAGGCAUGCCAGCUGAUUUGGGAAUGACCGACGCACAGUACCAGCUUGGUCUCUCCAUUCUGUUUGUGGGAUACGUAUCCAUGCAAGUGCCUUCAAACGCAAUGCUCAACUACUGUGGCAAACCGGGCUGGUACAUCGGAUUCUUUACCAUUGCUUGGGGACUCGUAUCAGCCUUGACUUCACAAGUACAGAGUUUUGGCAGUAUGCUCGCUUGCAGGUUGUUACUCGGUAUUGUUGAGGCUCCAUUCUUCCCGGGAAUGCUUUUCUACCUCUCCAAGUGGUACACCAAGAGUGAACUCAAUCUACGGAUGUCGAUCUUCUACUCUGGUUCUCUCAUCUCUGGCGCAUUCGGGAGUCUGAUCGCGGCCGGAAUCCUCGACGGUCUGGACAAUGCUCGAGGAAUUGCUGCAUGGCGUUGGCUCUACAUCGUCGAGGGUGCAAUCACCGUGGCAGUUGGUAUCGUCGUUGUAUUUGUCCUGCCAGACUUUCCAGAUACCUGGACAGGUCUGUCGCCAGAAAUGAUGCUCGUUGCCAAUCGACGAAUGGCACUUGACGCUGGAGAGGCUGAUGUCAAUACCGGCGGCAAAAUGUCCCAGCUCGAAGGACUCAAGCAGGCAUUCCUGGAUCCAAAGACUUACAUCCUUGCUAUUGCCUACCACGGCGUAGUCGGCGCUGCCGGAUUCCAGAACUUCUAUCCCAGUAUCGUUCAAACACUAGGCUUUGAACGGGUCAUUACCUUGCUUCUUGUCGCGCCUCCUUACGUGUUCACGGCAUUCUACUCCCUGGCACACGGUCUGGCUAGUGAUAAGUUCCAGAACCGAUUCUGGUUCUUCAUGUACCCCGUUCCGCUCGUUAUCGUCGGUGCCCUGAUCUUCAUGUUCACGGAGGGAUUAGGUCCUCGCUACUUCAGCUUGUUCCUGCUCAACAUGAUCUUCGUCAUGAACGGAACGGUCUAUGCCUGGAUUGCGAACUCCAUUCCGCGUCCUCCUGCGAAGCGAGCUGCCGCUCUCGCGUUCAUCAACAGCGUUGGGAAUGCGGCCUCAAUCUGGACCCCAUUCACAUAUAGUGGCAGCCAGGCGCCUCAAUACCUCCAGGCCAUGGGAAUCAAUAUCGGACUGGUCGGCAUUGCUGGUAUUCUGGGAGUCACCAUGUACUUCUACUUGAACAUGCAAAACAAGCAGUUGGCACGAAUGGAGAAUGUGGACACGCCACUCACAGAUCGCGAUAUGAAGAAGUUGCAAAAGACGGCAGAGCUGGAAGGGAUCGACGUCCAAACUGCUCGCAUGCUGCAAAAGGGCUUCAGGUACRUUGUUUGA